AUGUCGACGACGGACGCGGCAAAUGCCAAGACGAAUGGCGCAACGCGAAACGGGGAGGCAGGGGUGGCAGGGGAGGGAGGCGCGCCGGGCCAGAAGAAACUCAUCCUCAAUGCGUUUGCCAUGAACACUCCUGGCCACCUCUCGCCUGGACUCUGGCGACAUUCCCGGAACCAGACGUACAACUACAAGAAGCUGUCGUUCUGGACGGAUCUCGCCCGCAUUCUUGACGACGCUGGAUUUCAUGCCUUGUUCCUGGCCGAUGUCCUCGGCGCGUACGACGUCUACAAAGGUCCGGCCAACACCGGCCCUGCGCUGGGAUCAGGCGCUCAAUUUCCCGUCAACGACCCGCUGUACUUGGUGCCAGCCAUGGCCGCCGUGACGAAGAAUCUCGCCUUCGGCAUCACGGCCAGCACGACCUACGAGCCGCCAUACUCUCUGGCACGCAGAUUUUCGACGGUGGAUCAUUUGAGCAACGGACGCGUGGCAUGGAACAUCGUGACCUCCUAUCUCGAUAGCGCGGCCCGUAAUUUCGGCCUGGACCAACAAGUCGAACAUGACGCCCGAUACGCUAUAGCAGAGGAAUACAUGGAAGUGCUGUACAAACUGUGGGAAGGCAGUUGGCGCGAAGACGCCGUGGUUGCCGACUUCGACACGGGCGUGUACGCGGUCGGGGAGCGCGUCCGAGACAUCAACCAUCAGGGCACCCAUUUCCGCGUCCCCGGCCCUCACAUCUGCGAGCCGUCUCCGCAACGCACACCCUUCCUCUUCCAAGCAGGGACCUCGAAGAGCGGGCGCGCAUUCGGCGCGAAGCACGCCGAGGUGAUCUUCGCAGGGGCACAACUGGCAGAGAAGCUCAAACCCUCGGUGGCGGCGAUUCGGCAGCUCGCACGUGAGGCCGGUCGAGACCCCUACCACGUCAAAGUCAUCGCGUCCAUGUGCGUGAUAAUCGCAGAGACGGACGAGGCUGCGCGGCAGAAACAGGACGAGUUCAUGUCGUACGGAAACCGCGAAGGCGCUCUCGCGCUCUUUGGCGGCUGGACAGGCGUGGAUCUCUCGAUCUACUCAGACGAGGAAGACUUCCGGUUCGUCAAGGUGCCCAUGAUUCAGUCGAUCGUCAACGGCUGGGCUGACACGGUGCCUGGGAGCGAGAACCUCAAGUGGAACAAGAAUCGGAUUGCCGAGUACUUGAUCCUAGGGGGGAUGAAUGCCAAGAUUGUAGGCUCGCCGACUACUGUUGCUGACGAGCUCGAGCGAUGGGUUGAGAUCGCCGACGUGGACGGCUUCAAUCUGUCUCAUGUGGUUAACCCUGGAUCCUUCGAAGAUAUCAUUGAAUUCCUGCUUCCCGAGCUGCGCAAGCGGGGGAUCUUCCGGGAGGGAGUCGAGAAGCAGGGUCUUACUGCGCGGGAGCAGUUCUUUGGCACAGCCUCGCUGUUGCAUGACCACCCGGGAAGUAAGUUCAAGUGGAACAAAGACGAGUUGGUACCUCGAUAUCAGCAGGCACAGUAG